CAACUGAUUGUCGUAUUCGUCUCAAUACUUAUUGCCUUUGUCGCCUACACUUCACAAAUAUUCGUUCUCUGGAACUCUCUAGGCGGUGCCGUAGCUCACACCUUUUUUGUUCUCGCUCCAUUCAACGUUUUCAUCAUAUUUAUAUAUAUCAAUUAUGCACUCACCUGUACCACUGAUCCUGGCACCGUCCCUCCCAACUGGAUGCCCGAUCAGAAUACACAUUUCGAGGUUAAACGAUCGACUCACACCGCACGCUUCUGUAAAACCUGUAAUAAUUUCAAACCACCGCGCGCGCAUCACUGUAGCACUUGCAACAGAUGUGUAUUAAAAAUGGAUCACCACUGUCCAUGGAUCAACAGCUGCGUAGGAUUCGAAAAUUACGGCCACUUUUUAAGAUUCUUAGUCUAUGUAGAGAUUGGAUCAAUCUAUCUAUUCGCACUACUUAGUAAUAGGCUUGCUCAAAUCGUAGAAGAAUUACACACAUCUCAAAUCCGCCCGUCAGCCACUGAAGCUACAUUCUUGUCUAUCAACAUGAUAAUGGCCGCCUUAGUGAUCAUUUGUGUCGGCAUCUUAGGAGGCUACCAUGUAUAUUGUGUCACCACAAACACUACAACAAUCGAGGGCUGGGAAAAAGGAAAGACAUUGACGAUGAAGCGAAUGGGAAAAAUCCAAAAUGUUAAAUAUCCAUACGAUUAUGGUGUAAUGAACAACUUACGCUCAGUACUUGGCCCACAACCUCUCUUCUGGCUCUGGCCAAGAACAAUGUCUGGAACCGGCCUAUAUUUUCCAAUCAAU